AUGGGUAAAUCAUCGAAGAAAAAUGAACAUAAACAUAAAAAACAUCAUCAUCAUCGUCGUCAUUCUACUUCAUCUUCGUCAUCAUCAAAUUCGAACAAAAAUGAAGAACAAUGGCAAGAAGUUGUUCGGGAUGACAAUAUUAAUGAUGUUCCUGGCGGUGCUGUUGUUAAAGGACCAACAAUGCCAACUCAAGCUGAUUUAGAACAAUUAGAAAAAGAAAAACCCGCACCAGUGACAUUUGCUCUUGAACCAUUUGAUUUUGAUUCAAUUGGAAGUUAUCAACGAGAAAACAAACAAGCAAUAAAAAAAGCUCAAACAACAGCUGAAAUGGAAGCAAUAAUGAAUGAACGUGAAUUAAAUCCAACAUUACGUCAACAAUCUACUGAUACCAAAGAUUCAAAACCAACUAAAGUUGGUGAUGCUGGUCUUGAAUGGCAUCAACGAGCUUAUGAACGAUGUAAACAACAAUCAAAAGAUGAACAACGUCCUCUAAAUGAAAUUGUUUCGGAACGAUAUGGUUCUAUGGAAAAAUUAAUGUCAUUGAUAAAUGAUGCUGAAGAUCUUCAUCGUUCAUCUUCUAAGAAAAAAUUUAUUGAUCCAAAUAAAAAAGAUGAUCGACAUCAACGUCAUCAUCGUCAUCACCAUCAUCAUCAUGAGAAAAAAACAUGGAAAAGAACAACAGAUGAUGAUGAAGAAUCAACACCAAAAAGACAAGCACGUACAGAUGAACAAGAAGAAAUAAAAACAACUGAUGUUGAACUAAAAAAUGAUGAAAAAAAUGAUGAAUUAAUAUCCGAAGAAAAUCUAUUAGAAUUACGAAAACAACUUAUUCGAGCAGAACUUGCUGGUGAUGAUGAAAUGACUGAAUUACUUCGCAAUGAAAUUAAAAAUAUUGAUAACCUUCGUGGUAAUCCACAACAUGAUUCUACGAGUGAACAACAACAACAACAACGAUCUAAUGAUCCAAAAGUUCUUGUAUUAACAACCAUUGAUCGUUAUGGUGUUGAAAAACCUGUUCAUCAUGCACAUGAACCAGGUCAUCAACGUCAAUAUGGUCAUGUAGCAAAACGUGAUCGUCGAAAAAUGAAAAAAGAAAUUCGAAAAAUGCGUGAAAAUGAUAAAGAUCCUGAGAGACAAGGUUUAUCAUUAAAUGAUCUUGUUGAAAUGGAACGACAUUCAACAACGAAUAUGAUGCCUGUUUUACCAAAUAAUAGAAAUAAUCAAACUAUGACAGCUGAUCGACAAUUAUUAGCAUCAACACGUCAUUUAUCUGGUUGGUCACGUAUACAAGCAUUAGCUGAACAGAAAAAAAGACAAAAAACAUUUGAAGAAUGUUGGUUAUGUAUUGAAAAUCUUUCAAAGUCAUUUAUUUUUGGUUUACUUGAUCAAUGGUAUUUAUGUGCACCACCACAACAAUCACUUGUUGAUGGACAUUGUUUUAUUGUACCUAUUCAACAUUCAUCUAGUCGAUUUCAUUUAGACGAUGAUGUUCUGUCUGAACUUGAUACAUUAAAAGAACAGUUAACUGAUUUAUAUCGUAAAAAUCAUAAUCAAGUACCAAUAUUUAUUGAAACAUUUAAAAAUCCUCGUUUAUUACCACAUAUGUAUAUUGAAUGUAUUCCAGUACCAUUAGAUCAAGCAAAUUUAGUUCCUAUGUAUUUUCGUAAAGCAUUACUUGAAAGUGAAUCAAUGUGGUCAACAAAUAAAAAACUUAUUGAAUUAAAUCAUCAUCGUUCACGUACAUUAAAAUCUGUUAUACCCAAAGGUUUACCAUAUUUUUGUGUUGAAUUUCCAGCUGAUAAAAGUAAAAAUGAAAAUCUUUAUGGUUAUGCACAUAUGAUUGAAGAACGUGGUCAAUUCCCGUUAUAUUUUGGUCGAGAAAUUUUAGGAGGUUUAAUGCAAGUAGAUAAUCCAUUAUUAUGGAUGAGACCAUCUAAUAAAGAACCAGAAGAUAUUAUUGAAAAGAAAUGUACAUAUUUAAAACAAUUAUGGAAAAAAAAUAUAAAUAAAUUAUCAACGUAG